UGGCCCCUCAAGGUCUGUCUGCUGUGGACCUUCUCCAGGACCUGUGCCAGCAGCUGGCUUGGUGCUCCUCUCAGCUGCCCACCAUGGCCUGGGGGCUGCCCAGCAGUGCCAGCCUGGUGCGCUUCUGCCAGAAGCUGAACCGGCUGAAGACACUGGAGGAGUCCACCAGGGAGACAUCGCUGCGGCACCAACGGACCAUGCUGGACCUGACCCUGCUGGGUGUGGGUGCCAUGAUGGGCUUCAGCCUCUACGUGUUCCUGGGCAUCGUGGCCAAGGAGAUGGCCGGCCCUGCAGUGCUUGUGUCCUUCAGUGUGGCUGCUGUGGCCUCCCUGCUGGCAGCCCUAUGCUACGCAGAGUUCAGAGGACGUGUGCCCACCACGGGCUCUGCCUACCUGUUCACUUACGUGUCCAUGGGCGAGCUGUGGGCUUUCCUCAUUGGCUGGAACGUGGUCCUCCGGCGCCUCAUCACUGGCACCACCGUGGCCCGCACCUGGAGCGGCUACCUGAAUGCCAUCUUCAGGCACCGCAUCCGCAGCUUCAUCGAGGCCCACGUAGGCACCUGGCAGGUGCCCUUCCUGGCCCAGUACCCAGACUUCUUGGCUGCUGGCAUUGCACUUUUAGUCUCCACGUUCGUCUUCUGUGGAGCCCGUGUCUCUUCUUGGCUCAACCGCACCGUAUGUGCCAUCAGCCUGGUCAUCGUCCUCUUCAUCAUCAUCCUGGGGUGUGUCCUGGCCCGCCCGCACAACUGGAGCACUGAGGAGGGGGGCUUUGCACCCUUUGGCUUCUCUGGCAUCAUGGCUGGUGCUGCCACCUGCUUCAAAGCCUUUGUGGGCUUUGGUGCCAUCACUGCCUCCAGCAAGGAGGCCCAGAACCCAAAGCGAGCCGUGCCUAUGGCCAUCACCAUCUCGCUUGGCCUGGUAGCUGGUGGUAACAUCCUCGUCUCCACUGUGCUCACCCUCAUGGUCCCCUGGCACAGCCUGGACCCUGACUGGGCAGUCGCUGAUGCCUUCUACCAGCGGGGCUAUAGCUGGGCGGGCUUCAUCGUGGCAGUUGGUGCAAUCUGCGCCAUGAGCACUCUCCUGCUCAGCAGCCUCACUUCCCUGCCACACAUCGUCUCUGACAUGGCCGCUGAUGGGCUCUUCUUCCACAUGUUUGCCCAUGUGCACCCCCGGACGCAGGUGUCUGUGGUGGGCAUCCUGGUGUUCGGGGUCAUUAUGGCUCUCCUGGCGCUGCUGCUGGACCUCGAGGCACUGGUCCAGUUCCACUCCAUCAGCGCACUGCUGACCUAUACCUUCAUGGCGACCACCAUUAUCCUGCCACGCUUCCAAAAGGCCUCUCCAUCCAGUUCCCUGGACCCAGCCAGCCCUGUAGGCACAGAGCAGGCCUCAGCCUCUGAGCCCGGGCAGCUGCGACCAGCCUUGAGGCCCUAUCUCAGCUUCCUGGGUGGGUGCCGGCCAGGAGCCCCCGUGGCUUGGGCACUCGGUGUCCUGGUGGCCUCGGCCAUCACUCUGGACUGCGUGCUGGUCUUCGGGGACUCGGCCCUGCACCUCCCGCUCUGGGGCUACACCCUGCUGCUCCUGCUCAGCUCCGUCAUGUUUCUGCUCAGUCUCCUCGUCCUGGGGGCCCACCAGCAACAGCGCCGGCAGGACACCUUCCAGGUUCCCCUGGUUCCCCUGACUCCAGCCCUGAGCAUCCUUCUCAACAUCUUCCUCAUGCUGCACCUGAGCUCCCUGACCUGGCUGGGCCUCUCCAUCUGGCUGCUGAUCGGACUCGUAGUGUAUUUUGGCUACGGCAUCCGGCACAGCAAGGAGAACCAGAGGGAGCAGCCGGGAUUGACUGCCACAUGUGACAACCUGGAAGAGACGGUGCAGGUCUUGCAGCCCCCCAGCCAGGGACUGGCCCAUGAGCCUGGCUGCACGGAGCAGCCUGACAGUCUAUGAGGACCGCUGGGGGCCUGCCCUACCCACAUGCUCAGAGGGCCAGAGGGACUGGCAGCUCCUCCUGUCUGUGGCAGCUUGUGUUUCCAGGCCUGCCCAUGCUGGGGCAUCCUCAGGACCUCAGCCCGGGUGCUGAGCAUCGAGUCUUUGGGAGUGGGCCAUGGCCAGUGCUGGUGUGGUGGACUCUGCCCAGC